AUGACAAAUCAAAAUUUAACUAAAAAUGAUCUUCAAAGAAUUGAAAACAGUAUUGAUUUUAUUGUUGAAAGUUUACAACAAAGCUCAAAAGAUAAUAAAUCCUCUUCGCUUUCUCGUCCCAACAACAAUAAUGUUAAUUCGAUUGUUCUUGAUCUUCCCUUAUUAAUAGAUUCGAAACCUGAAGAAAAAAAGCACGAAUCACCUUUAUCCGCUUUGUUAAAUCACACUUAUCCUAAGUGUGUUGUAGAUUUAGCAAUAAUAACAAUAAAUCUUCCUCCUUGUCUUCAUCCAAUUUCUGGCACAACAAUUCCACAACCACCAUCCAAAGAAUUAUGUCAAAAAUUGAUACAAGACUAUUUCAAAAAAUUUAAUCCGGUAUUUCCUAUACUUGAUCGAAAAAGAUUUAUUGAUCUUUGGCGAAGCAAAUCCAUCUACUCCGAACUGUUGGUCAACUCAACUCUGGCGUACGUUGCCUCAAGAUCACCAUAUGAUCCAUCAAUUCAAAACAUUGAAAGUAGACCUGGUGGCGUGUUCUUUGAUGCUGCAAAGAAAAUACUUGAUUCAGUAUAUGAAAAACCUAGACUGGAAAUAAUUCAAGCUUUAUUGCUCCUAUCAUUAUCCGAAUCCAAUAUUUCAAGAAUGGAUAGUAGUUUCAUGUUUUUAGGCAUGGCUGUCUCGAUGUCAAAUUGUUUACAAUUGGAACGUGUGAACGAUUCAUUGUCGUCAGAGGAGAGCGAAGAAAGACGUAGAGUGUUUUAUUGUAUCUAUUGUCGCAACAGAUGGGUCUCCUUCAUUCACGCCAAACCAUACUCGGUCGAUGACAUGGACAUUAACGUACCGCUACCAGAACUACUCAACUUUGAUCAACAAACCAAAAGUUUCUUCAUUGCAUUAAUAAAACUAUCACAUAUCCUCGGUCAAAUAUGGAAGUUCGGCUAUACCACCCAUCCAAAAGCCUGUUAUGAAAAUUGGCAAAGUCACGUAGCUGAUCCAAAAAGUAUGUUGAGACAAAUCAGAUCUGCCUUGGCAAAAUGGUUGAAAGAAUUGCCGGACGAAUUACAGUAUCAGUAUUUGCCAGAUACAGAUCCAGGAAGCCUUUUACACUUAUCCAGUUUCUCGGUGUUUUCUGGUUAUAUCAACAUUCUUUUCCACACUUGUCUCUUGUUAUUGCAUCAACCUUACCUCACAAAUUCAUCAUCAAUGUCAUUAUCAUCGAAAAAAAAUGCUCAACAAACAAAAUACCAUAAUUACAAUCCCUAUCAAUUUUAUAAUCCUGCCUUUGGAGCUUCCAAUAAAUAUGUUACAUCAUCGUCUCAAUUUAACAAUGCGCCAAUUAAAACUUGUUUAACAGCUGCAACAACCAUAACCGAUAUAUCCAGAACAACAAGAAAAUACGAUAAAACAGCGUUUUGUAAUUUCAUAUUUCCAAUUUAUGGUAUCUUGCAAGCAGUUAUGCUCGAAUCUGUUAUAAUUAGUAAUGGGACAAUUGGUUCGACGGCCGAGUAUGCACAAGAAGCAAAAAAGGUGCUAAAUGACACAUUUGAAGAGUUAAAAUGUGUAGGAAAGGCUAUUAAUGUUGCUGAAAUGACGGAUGUUAUUAAAGAGGUGGAAAGAAUUUUGACGCUUACUAAUACAAAUGAUUUCACUAUACCUCUUCCAUUCCUAAUUCAACUUUUAGAAUUCCAAUCUAAUCGUCAAAUGGAUAUAGCAACCGAGUCAGUUGCAAAAACAUCCAAUUUGCGAAGGAAUAACAGUGAUUCUAACAAAAUCUCAAUCUCAUCAUUACCAGAUGCUGCAACAAAUUCAAAUUCUGACGCAGAUAUUGCUUCGUCUUCGUACUCAACUACUACCGCUAUUAUUAAUUCAUCAAGUAUUGGUGGUUUAGUAGGUGGAAAUGUUGUUGGAAAUCAUCAUUUGCACAAUCAGCAUCCUUAUUAA